UGUAAGUGCACGCUUCUACCACUAUAUUCAGCUCAGAACCUGCCUCCCCCUUCCCUAGCUCCAUUCUGACCAAGAGGCACCUUCGGGGAAAUAUUGCUUUGUCCUCACUGUCCCUGACCCACUGGGAGGGGAGAGAGAACGAGAGAGAGAGAAAAACACCCUGUUUCCCCCCCUGAAUUUCUUUUUCACCCAACAGUGCACUGUUGUCGUGGUUAAUAAGAUUAAAGAUUAAACAGCUGAUUUAUUUUUUUUUUCUGGCCUGUGAUAAAUUCCUCGAGAUUGUUCUUUUACAACUUUGCACGGACUCAGCAGCGUUUAAGACAGCUGACGGGGAGCAGAGAGCGUCACAGUGCAGUGCAGCCAUGGAGGAGGUGAGACCAUCGUGGGACAAUCCUUUACAGUUUGUAUUUGCCUGCAUCUCCUUUGCAGUGGGACUAGGCAAUGUGUGGCGCUUUCCUUACUUGUGUCAAAUGCAUGGAGGAGGUGGAUUUUUAAUUCCUUACAUGAUAAUGUUAGUUGUGGAAGGGCUGCCUUUGUUUUACCUGGAAUUGACUUUGGGCCAAUUGAUGAGGCAAGGAAGUAUAGGAGCAUGGAAGACUGUUAAUCCAUAUUUGGUUGGCGUUGGAAUAGGAAGUCUGGUGAUAUCAUUUCUGGUGUGUGUCUACUACAAUGCAAUUGUGUCGUGGAGUCUUUGGUAUCUGUUCCAUUCGUUUGAGAACCCUCUGCCGUGGGCACACUGUCCAUUAAAUGCAAACAACACUGCAAUCCUGGAAGAAUGUGCAAAGAGUUCACCCACUGAAUUCUUCUGGUACAGAAAGACAUUAAAUAUUUCGCCCACCAUCGAUGACACAGGGACAUUGCACUGGGGGCUUUUGCUGUGUCUGAUCCUCUCCUGGCUUAUAGUUUACCUCUGUAUCAUUAGAGGAACAGAAUCAACUGGCAAGGUGGUCUAUGUAACAGCUUGCUUUCCAUAUUUCGUGUUGAUAAUUUUUCUCAUUCGAGGGGUAACACUACAUGGAGCAGGAAAUGGCCUCGUUUACAUGUUCACUCCAAAGGUGGAGCAGCUGAUGAACCCGAAAUCUUGGAUUGAUGCGGCUACCCAGAUUUUCUUCUCGCUCGGCCUGGGCUUUGGGAGUCUGAUUGCGUUUGCCAGUUACAACCAGAAAAACAACAACUGUGAGAAACAAGCAGUUAUCAUUGCUUUAAUUAACAGUCUGACAUCCGUGUUUGCCAGCGUUGUCACUUUUGCCAUAUAUGGUUUCAAAGCUACAUAUAAUUAUGAAAGCUGUCUUGAAAGAAUGCUGUUACUUCUAACAAACACUUUUGACCUGGAAGAAACAGCAGUACAAACGGACACUCUUGAUGACUGGAUAAAUUUCCUGAAUUCAACACAACCGAACAAAUUUGCAACAAUUGCAUCACAGAUUGAAAAAUGUGACCUUCAGUCCCACUUGGACACGGCUGCAGAAGGAACUGGGCUCUCAUUUAUAGUCUUCACUGAAGCAAUUGUGAACAUGCCUGGGCCAUCUCAGAUCUGGUCGAUAUUGUAUUUUCUGAUGCUCCUGAUGUUGGGCAUCGGUAGUAUGCUGGGGAACGCCGCUGGUGUCAUCACUCCGCUCAGCGACAUGAAGAUCAUUUCCAAAUAUCUGCCAAGAGAGGUCAUGAUAGGGAUUGUGUGUCUCGUAGCUUGUGUUAUUGGGCUUGUGUUUAACAUUGGAUCGGGGAAUUAUUGGUUCUCCAUAUUCAAUGACUAUGCAGCGACCUUGGCCCUGCUGGUGAUCGUUUUGGUGGAAGUCAUUGGGAUCUGCUACGUCUACGGGCUAAGAAGAUUUCGGAAAGACAUUGAAAAGAUGAUGGGACGCAAACCAAACUGGUACUGGGUGGUCACCUGGGUUUUCGUAAGCCCUGUUUUAAUCAUAGGUCUCGUGAUUUUUUACAUUGUUGACUACAGCAUAACAGGAACACUAACGUACACUGCCUGGAAUGCAGCUGAGGGGCAUUCGGUGAAGCUGGAAUAUCCUCCUUACGCUCUGGCUGUUAUUGGACUCCUGGUGUCCGUUUCCACAGUUUGCAUUCCUCUGGCUGCAUUAGUUACAUACAUAAAGAAGAAGCUCCAAAGGGAGAAAUAUUAGGGUUAAAACGCUAACUUGGAUGCCAAAAAAAACCAAUACCCUUAAAAGUCCAUCCCUUCUAAGCUCCUUGAACAAAUACCCUAUUAUUGUUUUAAAUACGUUUUUGAUCAUAUUUUUAUUACAAACCACACGUUCAAGAAAAUGUGAAGGAUACAAUUUCUGAAGAAGGGUGCUUUUUUUUUCUUUUUUUUGAAAGAAAAGGAAGAUGGUAUUUUAAAUGUUGUUCUAUCCCUAGAUCAACAAAAGGGAACUUUCCCCACACCCGAGACAGGAGCAGCAACCGUUUGUUGUAAUUCUUGGAUUUAACCAGGUGGCAACCAAGUAAAACCAAGUAAAUGCACCCACCAUUUCAGGUAGCUCAAUAAAUUAGCUCCUCAUUGAUCCACCUUUUUUUUUUUGCUGUUUUUUUUCAAAAGAUCUGAUUUUUUGAGUCUUCAGCCAGC